AUGCCAAGUCAGUACGAAGAAGAACGUGUUUGGGAAGGUUCCAAUCACAAUCAAUAUGAAGAAGAAGGAGCCGAAGAUGUUAUUGACAAUCCAGAAGAAGUUUUACAAGAGUGUUUAGAGAAGUUCAAAACACCUGAUUAUAUCAUGGAACCUGGUAUAUUUGGACAGCUUAAACGGUAUUUUCAAGCCGGGGGUAAUCCUGAGCAAGUCAUAGAACAACUUUCAAUCAAUUAUAAUGGUGUAGCCCAGAUGGCGAAUUUAUUGGCUGAAUGGCUCAUUCUUGGUGGUGUAAAAGUUACAGAAGUUCAGGCAAUGGUGGAAAACCAUCUUAAAGAUAUGAUUUUAAAAACAUUUGAUCCUAAAAAGGCUGAUACCAUUUUUACAGAAGAAGGUGAAACACCUGCUUGGCUAACAGAAAUGAUUGAACAUCCAACAUGGAGGUCAUUAAUAUAUAGGUUGGCGGAAGAAUACCCAGAUUGCCUUAUGUUGAAUUUUACAAUUAAAUUAAUAUCUGAUGCUGGCUUUCAAGGUGAAAUCACAAGUAUAUCAACUGCAGCACAACAAAUUGAAGUAUUCUCAAGAGUACUUAAAUCAGCUAUUGUGGGAUUUUUACAAAGUUCUGAUGAUUGGCAAAACAGUGUUAAUGAAUGUGCUAAAAUGGUGUGCCAUGGCGCACACACAUAUGUAUACAGCCAAGUUAUUGUUCACAUUUUGUCUCAAGAGCCUAGAGGAGGAGCAAUUAUGAAAAGACUUGGACAAGAAAUUACUCGUUGCGCUCAACAAAGCGGACAUGACGUGACGCCUAUCACUCUAGCUCUGACAGCUGGCGAAUCUUGGCGAGGCGCGCGUACCGCAUUGGCUGCCAUGUUGUCACGUGGCGCAUUAAAUCCUGCCGACAUUUCCGUGCUAUUUCGCGCAUACACGCAACCUGAACCGCCUCCAGUUCAUUUACUGAGAAUACCACAAUUUCUAGAGCUACUUGUGGAUGCCUUAUUUAAAUCUGGAAGCAAAUUAAACCCAGAGCACAAAUCAAAGUACAUGUAUUUGUUGGCAUACGCCGCUAGCGUAUGUGAAGGCGUCACUCCGGGCAGGCCAGUUAAAGACGAGCUGAAAGCGACAGUUCAAGCAAUUGAAAAAAUACACGCAGUAUGCAGUAGCUCAGCCAGCUCAAGUGAACUAAUCGCAGAACUGCCCACGCUAUACCAUUGUAUCAGGUUCCCUGUUGUGGGCAUGGGAGUAUUGGUAUGGGUAGAAUGUGUUGUGACAGAACCUUCUUAUUUCAAACUGUGUACAGAACACUGCCCUGUUCAUUUAGCUCUGCUAGACGAAGUGGCUUCCUGUCACCAGCUAUUACACCACAGACUUUUGCGGCUUCUUAUACAACUUUUCGAAUCACCGCAAGAUGAACUAGAAAUAUUAGUACAACUGGAAUUGAAGAAAAUGCUCCUUGACAGAAUGGUGAAUUUGCUUAGUCGCGGUUGUGUCGUCCCGGUACUUCGUUAUAUAAAGCAGUGUUGGCAACGUGGUGAUACUGACAUUUCACUCAUAAGAUAUUUUAUUACUGAGGUGCUUGAUGCAAUAGCGCCACCGUAUACUCAAGAAUUUGUACAGUUGGUUUUACCGAUGGUUGAAAAUGAAGAAAUCACAGGAACUAUGCGAGCCGAAGGAGAGAAUGACCCUGUUUCAGAAUUUAUAGUUCACUGCAAGGCGCAUUACGUCGUUACU